AUGGUCGACCCUCCAUCGACGCAAGAGCCAAACUUGGCGCAGGCGCAGGCGCAGGACCUACUCAGCGAAGGCUUCAGAGCAGCCGAGACUUCCACAGUCUACCAAGAUGCCCGCCACGGUUUACUUGAUAGUGAGCAGCAGCUCUCGUGGUAUGCUGGGGCUAGAUCUCGUGCCUCGCAGCUUGAAAAUCGUGCACAGCAGAUCUUGUUAGCCAUCCGGGAAAGCGAGCGAGAUGAUCCGGAGCUGUUUGGUAAUAUGCCUAGCGAAUUGAUACCAGACUCCAACACUCGAGAUAUGGGUGGUCGGUUCCUCAUCAACAAGCCUCGGAUCGAUCAAAGUAAGAUUUUUGCCAUGGCGCAGCGAAUGCCCAAAGGAUGCCAUCUGCACAUACAUUUCAACUGUGAGCUGCCGCCAGAGGAGCUACUGCCCCGGGCGGCGAGCUCAUCUAUGCAGCCAUUCAUGUGUAUUCGAACUACGAAGCCUUUAAUGCGGCCUCAGGACUACGCAGAUGUCGAGGUUGUUUUCAGCGUCAUACCCAAGACCACAGUCAAAGUCGAUUGCUUCGCCACCAGCUAUAAUCCAGACUUCAAAGAUAAGAAUAAUUCACCAUGGAUGUUGUGGUCAGACUUCCGCCAGCGAUUUCACGAGCUAGCACCCGCAGAUUUAGGCCUAGAAGAACGACCCGACGGCCUGGACGAGGCCGAAUGCUGGGUCCGAGAGAAGAUGAUUCUGACGGCUCACGAUGUCUACGGCGAAGGUCAGACCGUGAACAGCGCUUGGGCGUGCUUCAACCAAGGCACCCGGGCUUUUAAGGGCUUGGUCAACUAUAAGUCUGUGUACAGGUGGUACGUUGGCGCAGCAAUAGACAGCAUGAUCAGAGACAAUGUCAUGUAUGCCGAGCUACGACCUAUGCUGAUGGACAAGAGCAUUCCCUCCGACGACGGUACACUGCAAAUAGACCUCAACGCACAGAUGAAGAUCAUUUGUGAAGAGGUUAGGAAGAAGCAGCAACAGCUCCAAGAUGCUGGCAAGCCCGACCAAUUUCCUUUUGGUCUGAAGAUCAUAUAUUGCACGCCUCGCAGCAUCCCUAGACCGAAGAUGCAAAGCGAGCUACUGGACUGUCUCAAGCUGAAGCUGGAGUUUCCGGAUCUCAUCUGCGGAUUCGAUCUGGUGGGAGCUGAAGACAGGCGCAACCCGAUCAGCUUCUACGCCGACUUGCUGGUAGGCUUUACGGAAACGUGCAAGAAGCUGAAAAUCAGCAUUCCGUUCAUGUUCCAUGCAGGUGAGACUUUACUCGACGCUGGUGGCACUGCCAAUCCGGACAACAGCAAUUUGUAUGAUGCUCUACUGCUCAACUGCAAGCGUAUUGGGCAUGGCUAUGCGUUGCUCAAGCAUCCGAUGCUCAUCGAGAAGUACAAGCAGCAGAACAUUGCACUCGAACUCUGUCCGGUUUCCAAUGAGCUUCUCCAUUUGUGCGGCAACGCCCGAGAACAUCCAUUCCCUGCUCUAUUGGCGGCUGGGUUACACUGUACGCUGAACGCGGACAAUCCUGGCUUAUAUCGUGGCGCGACACAUGACAGCUCGUCGCUGUCGUACGAGUUCUACCAAGUCAUGGUCGGCGACACACGAAUGAACAUCCAUGGGUGGAAACAGCUGGCUGAAUGGAGCAUCCAGCAUAGUUGCCUGGCUGAAGCUGAAAUCGACCGCGCGAUGAAUAUCUUUGCGAAGGACUGGGACGCGUUCUGCCAUUGGGUGGUCUCGACUUAUGGCCAAUAUGCUGAUGGCUUGACUAAACCUGAUCUCUCUGUGGUAUGCUGA